GAUUCAACAAGAUGGAAGACACCCAAAGUCUUCUUUUGUUGGGGAGGACAGGUAAUGGGAAGAGUUCAACGGGAAACACCAUUCUAAAUAAAACUGCGUUUAAACCUCGGAGUCCGACGACGUCCAGUAACGAUGACGUCAUGAAACACGACGAGGCCGAGGUGGAUGGGCUGAACGUCAAAAUCUUUGAUGGAACGGGCAUCGGGGACGCCGACUCCGACUCAAGGAAGGAGAUAACUUCGCUGAUUAAAGAGAUUCAGGACACAGUGUUCCGAUGGGUGGUGAGUUUCACAGCGAUUAUCCUGGUACUGAAGUACGGCGUGCGGUUCACCAAGCAAGAGAAGGACGCGGUGGAACUGAUCAAGUCCUUGUUUGGUCAGGACGUCCUGAAGAAAUGGGGCGUCAUUGUCAUGACGCACGGGGACAAUUUUGAGAUGGACAAUGAGGAUAAUGACGGCACGACUUUCGACGACUGGUUCAAAAAACAAACAGGGGACAUUCAAACUUUGAUCACAGAGUGCGAUAACAGGUGCGUGCUCUUUAACAACAAGGAAAAAGACGAGAAUAAAAAGCGAGCUCAACGUCAUAUUCUCAUGGAAAAGGUGAAGGCCGUCAGACACUAUCCUUACACAAAGGACGACUUCGACAAGGCGGAGAACGAACGAAAGAGACUGAUAUUGAAAAGUCAAAUCCCUUUAUUACAAAGUGAAACGAAUGAUAUUGUCAGCCGAGCCAAUGAACUCGUGAGAGACAUAGACAGGCGCAUGGAUUGGCAACCGGAGGAAUGCAAACAAAAUCUACUAUCCAUGCAGCGGCAACUUCAAAGUCACCGGGAGCGCCUGGAGAACGUGGAUCAAGGUACGGGAAUAGUGAAAUCCCUUUUAACACAGAUUAGCGUGGUUGAGAUGAACGUCAAGUCCAAGAUGAACCAGUGCGAGAUGUCCAUUACCGAACAGCGACUUGAAAAACACAUCAAGAACUCUGAGGAGAGGCGCAUCAUUGGGGGGCGUGGCGGUACGUCAUGUGAAACACUGUGGAACAUGCAUAAGGUUGAGAUUUCCCUCAUGAUUUUUAUUGCGGCCGUUGUAAUAAUUGCGGUUUCGGUCGGAGUAUCGUACGGUUAACUCUGCAUGACUUCCCACGUGUCCAUUAAUACUUUACAAAUAUCGCCUAUGCUAAUAUUUAGUUGCCGUUUUGAUCUGAUGGCUCUAAGUUUCUAAUGAUGCAAAGCAUAAAAUGAACUUUUCUUUUCGAUCAAACGAUUUGAAGUUCUGUCAAAGUUUGGUACACAUUUUUUAAAGUCCUGCGAAACUUUCAUUUGAAUUUAUUUUCAUUGAUCACUUUUGCAUCGAUGUUUCAAUUUUAUGUUGUGGAGUUAUUCUCUAAAUUGUAUUGUGGACAAAUUGAAAUGUGAUACUUUUUUUUACUCUUUUACCACUGUUUGUAGCAUGAUAUUUGACACCCACAUCAUUAUAUUAUGACCUUUGACCUCCACACUUUAUAAAACAGAAAUUGUUUACCUUAGACUUAAAAUUUGUUUUUUUAAAAAUGGUUUCUUUUUCCGUCAAACUUUUUGAUUUACAUUUUGAAUUAUGAUAUUAUUUCUGGGUGUCAAAAAAAAAAUUUAAGCUGUCAGUUUGAACACCUCUUAGAUGACGUGUCUCUUCAACAAUGCGCUACUUCUUACAUUUAAAGUUGAGCUUGAUAAUAAUAAUAUUAAGAUAGUAGGUGUAAGAACCGGCAAGGAUGAGGUAAAGGGAACGAGGGAUUACGGUAGCCUCAAUUAAAAAAAAUUACAGCUGAGUUAUCCGCACACAAUCAGCUGAUUUUUCCGCACACAAUAAGCUGAGUUGAAUCUCUUCGUGUUUAUUCUAGUUUAGAGAGGUGGGACAUUGGGAGACACUAAUUUAAUUGAUGUAAAAUGCUUUAGGUCAAUGUAAAACAAUAUACCUACCUUGCUUUUGCGUAUUUAAAAUUGCAUUUAUUUUACUCCAGGUUGUAUUACCCUCUGAAGUAUUUUUAAAAAAAAACAAACAGUUGCUAGUUGUUUUACUUACUAUACAUUAUUAUGUAGAUUUAGCCAGAUAGCCA